CUACAAAUUGUUGGGCAGACGACCAUUAGAUUGAUAACCGUCUUCCUCGUGCUGUCUGCGAUAUCCCAAGUCUUUCGUCUAUGGGCAAGAUACUCAGAGGGCCUACAUAUGGGCGCUGAUGACUGGCUUUCUGUUGCCAGCCUAUUCGCAUUUCUCGGCUACUGCGGUGAGGUCCUUGUCUGUGUGCACACUUAUUAUGCCGGCCAGGUCUACCAAGAUUCCGGAAAGACAGAAAGAAUGUCAAAUCGAUAUCUAAAAGCCAGGUUUGCUGAUCCGAUCAUUUAUGGCAUUCAUUUCUGGAACAGAUCCAUCUCAGGAUAUUGCUUUUCUGCGCAGAUUCCUUUCUUAAUUUUGGGGUUUCUAGAUCGCUUGGUGGAAAUUGCGAUUCAGUGGCUACCUGGACGUAGAAUCUGCGAUCUCCAGUUGAGCCGGAGGAAGAUGCUAGCGAUACUAGCAAUGUUCCUUUCAGGCUUUAGUGUCGUCAGUUCAACGCUGACCUCACCAGUCGAUUACGGCCGGGUUGGCCUUUGGUCAGUAGUCAACUUGGGUUUGGCCAUAAUAUGUUCGUGCCUACCAACAUACCCAGGACUGCUG